AAAACAGUUUAUCGAGAAGGGACGAAAUACAGUUUUAUUAAAAGAACAAAUCUUAUACCACAGCAUUGGCGUGUUUUCAAAAUUAUUUGACGGAACUCUGCCUUAAUCGCCACCAUACUAAUGGCGGCCGAGCGCUGUUGUGAUUACAUGAGACGUGAUUGGUCAUACGCUGGUCGCGUGACCUUUCUUGACUGGAGUUUGUGCGACUUCUGAGUCGCAGCUAAAACGCGGCAUCAAAUUUUUAAAUGGUGACGUUCGAGCCUUUUAAACCACACUGAGGGCAACUCGUGUAUUAUGGGCGACAAGAAGAGUCCCACAAGGCCUAAACGGCAGGCGAAGCAGCAGCCGCCGACCGACGAUGCCUACUGGGACUGCAGCGUCUGCACCUUCAAGAACACAGCUGAGGCGUUCAAGUGCACGAUGUGCGAUGUCAGGAAAGGGACGUCGACUCGAAAACCGCGGCCUGUUUCCCAGUUGGUUGUGCAGCAAGUAAAUCAGCAGUUUGCGCCGCCGGCCACCCUGCUGAAAAAGGAGAAGAAGGAGAAAUCAGAGAAGAGCGACAAAGAACUCACGCUGAGGAAGAAAAGCCUAAAAAGAAUGAGACCAAGGUUAAAAAACGUGGACCGCAGCAGCGCUCAGCAUCUAGAGGUGACGGUCGGCGACCUGACGGUAAUUAUCACGGACUUUAAGGAGAGAGCCAAACCGACGUCUACUUUGGCGAGCGCCGCGGCCGCCGACCCGCACAGUCAAAGCGGCUCGAGCUCCGACAACACCGAGCGAGGGGCGUCGCGUUGCUCCUCGCCGCGGGGGGAGGGCUCGUCAGUCAACGGAGACGCUCACUAACACGGCAAAAGCCAUUCUCCUGCACUCAACCACAAAUUGACACGCAUGUUCUGUUCGUUAAUACUAUACCUGCAGUUAUUUUCAGAUUUGCUUCCAUGUUUGGAUAUUUUCCUGAUCCUUCUGAGGAGAAUGUGACUAGCCGACUCUAUCAUGAGCGAAUGAACAUUAUGCAGCAUGCAUUACUGCGAUGUGGCAUCGUCACACCGUCGGAGGUGUUUGCGGACAACAAGCGACGCAUUAAGGAAGCAAUGUGAAAUUCAUUUCAUAUUGUAGUUUACGCUAGAAAUAAUUUGCACUUGAAUGGCAUCUUACUUUCAUGAUGACAUUAGAUUGUGUGUGUCCCUUUUUCUGUCAUUCCUAGUCAACCGUAGCACUUUUUGCUUCCGGCCUUAUCUGCGCUCAUGUCUUUGGACGCAAUCUGUCUUUUCCUGUCUAACAUUUUAGUAAGAAAUAUUGAAGUCUGUACCUUUUCCACUCUAGAUAUGAUCAUGAUUUAAUCUAUGAAAUGGUUUAUAUUGUAAAAUACUGAAAUAAAAUAAUUGUAGAUUCUU